AGCGGGGGAAUUGUUUUCAUUUAUCUUGAACCUUACACGUGCGAGCCGAAUUAAUAACAAUUAAAAAUGCUGCGUAAACAAGCCAGGCAACGCCGGGAAUACUUGUAUUCAAAAGCCCUCACCGAGCGCUUGAAGGCAAAACAGAAAAUUCAGGAAACCGUUGUUCAGGCCUUAAAUGAGAACAAGACAAUUGGCUCGAAGAAUGUUAAGAAAAGCAUGACAGUCUACAACUCGCUGAAAUAUAUUGAUGGAGGUGUCGAUGAUCGCACUGUCAAUGAUGAGUACCAUUAUGCUGGAUGCGAGGAUCCGAAAAUAAUGCUGACCACCUCGCACAACCCCUCGUCCAGAUUGAAGAUGUUUAUGAAGGAGCUGCGUUUGAUCUUUCCCAAUGCCCAGCAGAUGAACAGAGGCAACUACCAGCUGCCGACACUAAUGCACGCCUGUCGUGCCAAUAAUGUAACCGAUUUCCUAAUUGUGCAUGAGCACCGGGGCAUUCCGGACAGCCUUGUGGUUUGCCAUCUUCCCUACGGGCCAACUGCCUUCUUCAACAUAUCCGAUGUCAUUAUGCGUCAUGACAUUCCCGAUAUUGGCCACAUGAGUGAGCAGAAGCCGCAUUUAAUUUUUAAUAACUUCAAAACGCCUAUCGGCCUGAGAACGGUGAAGAUCCUGAAGCACUUGUUUCCCGUCCCGAAGGAGAACUCCCAGAGAGUCAUGUCAUUCUUAAACCACAAUGACUCGAUCAUAUUCAGGCAUCAUCAGUACAAAUAUAAAAACAAAGAACUGGAGCUCAGCGAGGUGGGGCCUAGGUUCGUCCUGAAACUGUAUCAAAUCAAGCUGGGCACGCUGGAGAAUAUUAAGGCGGCUGACACUGAAUGGAUUAACCGUCCCUAUAUGAACACCUCACAGAAGAAGCUUAUUUUUUCCAAUGAUCCUGGAUUGACGAGUAGGGGCGAAGACGUUUAAGAAUAUUUCACUGGGGCAAUUUAAAAAAAUAAAACAAAAUUAUGCAUAGAAAAUAAA